AUGGUCCUGGAGCAUCAUUUAAAGAUGCAAGAAGCAAACACCCCUAAAGUCCUGAAAGAUUUUGAGCUGGGAUACAAGGUUACAAUGGAGAGUAAGGUUGGGGGCUGUGGGCUGAUCUUGACUCUGCUUCUCUUGAGCUGCCAAGUGCAGGCUAAGCAGAGGGCAGUGUCUCCUCAAGGAACAGACUGCACACAGAUUAAGGCUCUCUUGCCACAAGCAUCCAAUGGGGUUUAUGUAAUCCAGCCUCCCGGAGUGAAAACCCCCUUUAAGGUGUACUGUGAGAUGCAGUCAGAUGGAGGUUGGACAGUGUUUCAGAAACGCAGUGGUGGAGCGGUUUCCUUCAACAGGAAAUGGGCUGCAUACAAAAAUGGAUUUGGAAGCCUGACACAUGACCACUGGCUUGGUCUGCAAAAGGUUUUCUCUCUGACCAAGAACAAAACCAAAAGAUGGAGUAUGAGGGUCGACCUGUGGGACCAUGAAGGUGGCACUGCUUUCGCUGAGUACGGACACUUCAGAUUAGGCAAUGAGAAAACAGCUUUCAAACUGCAUGUUGGGAACUACAGUGGGAAUGCAGGUGAUGCCAUCCGUGGGGCCUAUCCAGGCAUUGACCAGAAUCGCUAUGGCUUCAGUACCAUUGAUCGGGACAAUGAUGGAUGCUCCCCAUGCAUCUUUGGUGACAUUGCUGAAAUGGAAUGUUCCUCUUCAGAUGGUGGAGGUUGGUGGUACAGCCGUUGUGGCUCUGCCAGUCUAAAUGGUGACUGGCAUCCUGCUGGUAACCACAUCGGUUGGGCGUCAGGCCUCCACUGGCACACCUGGAAAACUCCUGCCCCUUAUUCCGUCAAGGCCACCAGGAUGAUGAUCAAGUCUAUGUGAGAGGGCACCAACCAUCAACUACCCCAACCAGCAUGACAUUUAUACAUUAACUGUAAAUGUUAACAUAUAUUUAUGUGCU